CAGCGGCCUCAGUGACGGCGGCGGCGACGGCAACGACAACGACAACGGGGGGUUUCUCCUACAAAAAGGGACAUCGGGUGCACUACAAAGAUGUCGACGGUAAAAUUAUAGUGUGCGUUCAGUUGCUGAAUUGAUCUGUACCGUGUGAUAUCUGAUAAGUGUUUAAAUCUUAAAUCAAUCAAAUAAAAAAAUACAGAGAGAAAAUAAAAUGUCCAAUUAAAAAAAGAAAAACCUGUUCAAUCAGUAAAUUAAUAUUUAAAUAAUACCUCCAAACAAAAUUAUUGUGUUUUGUGUUGUGCUGUGUGUUUUAAGAAAAGAAAUUCAACAAAAAAAAUAAACUUCCGGAUUUUGCAGAAAUUUUAAAAAUUUCAUUUUCAAUUCUAAAAUUAUGGAUGUCCGGAAAAUAUAUGUUUGCUUCACUAAUGAAAGUGAUUUACCAUCAGGCCUCACUGCUGACAUCUCUGAAAUUCAACCUCUCACCGGUUCAAAGCAACCAGUUGGUAUAUUACAAAAUACCAGCCGACCUAGAACUCCCAACCCUUUACCAGUAAGCUCUUCCGACGACCAUCAUCAGUCCAUAAAUCAACAGACGCAAUCUACAACUUCUGCAUCUGGGCAACAAAAAUUCAAUCGUAGUCCUUGUGAUCACUGUGGCUUCCAUAAUUUUCCAAUAAUGUCAAAUGCAACUCCUUUACCCAUACCGUCUGCAGCAGCACCAAGAUCACAUAAGAGUCUUGAAACAGUUGAACAAAAUAAUACAUCGUUAUCGUCGGUGCCCAAUAACAUGCUAAUUCCACAUCAUUCGAAUAUGCGUCGAAAUGACUCAAAUUAUUCCAUUGGUAUGCCAGUACAAGAGCUGGCAGUUUCACGAAGACCUUCGCUGCUCUUGCAAGAGAUUCUCACAACAAGACGACCCUCUUUGAUUUUGGGAAGACGUGAUAAUUCAUACAAAACUCCAAAAACAAUGCGCUUACUGCAGGAACACCGAAAUAAUUGUGGCAGUAUUUUGUCCAUCAAUGGCGGUCCCAACGGAAGCAUGGGUGACUGUGAAAGGGGACCAAAAAGUGCACUCGCUAAGAAUUCCAAAUUCAAAAAUCGACGAGUUGGAGAUGAUGCAAUAAGCUCAUCCUUAUCAGCUCUUUAUUGCAAGAUUCUAGUUCUUAUUGGAGUCUGCCUUCCAAUUACAGAAAUUAUAUCUCAACAAGUUCCUACCUAUGUUUAUCAAGGAUUCUACGUUUAUCUUUAUAGCUUGAGUGUACUGUUCGUGUUCUUCUUGUACAUUUGUGCUUUCAGACAUAGAGCAAUCUUUAAUGUACUAAAAGAUUAUCAUGAAAAAAACAACAACAUUCACCUCAAGCGAAAAGCUGUUCGUUUUGGAAGUUUUUACCUGAGAAUCGGUGCAAUUGCAUUUGCAAUCGGAAAUAUGGUCUAUUCUGGGCUUGAGCUGGGACAAUUCUUUGAGCUCAACGGUCGUCCUGGAUGUCAGGAUCCAUUCUUGGCAAUCACACCGAUUGCUCGAAUAUCCCUAUGUAUUAUUCAAGUCCAGUUUAUAUUCCUUAAUACAACAUACCUUGAUAUGGCACGUCACAAAGUCAUUUGUCGUUUUGGCCUUAUGCACAUGGUUGCCACAAAUCUCUGCGAAUGGUUGUAUGUGCUAGUUGAAGAGACAAAACAUGAAAUUUUCCAUGUUGCAAGUCAUGAACACGAUCACAAUGGAAAAGUGCUUCAAAAUAAUGCUCCACAUGAAAUGGUCAAUAAUUUGACAGUUGUUGGAACUGCAAAUUUGACAUCGACAACUUCUACCACACAAAGAACCGGUUGUUCGAGAACAAAUAUAAUGGGUGCCUUAGUGCAGGAGGUUUCACCUUUUCUCUUCCCAUGUACCAUUGAAUAUUCGCUCAUCUGUGCUGUGAUAUUAUACGAAAUGUGGAAAACUGUCAGAUCUAUUCCGGAUAUAGCAAAGACAAGGAAGGAUUCAAUCAUGCCCACAACCGAAAGACAGAGCUCACAACACCAGUUUUCCAUAGACUGUUCACAGUCGCAUAAGGGACUCUUUGUGGGAAUUUUGGUGAUCGUUAUGACGAUCAUCUCCAUCAUCAUGUACUUUGUCCUAUACACCCAACCUGGAUAUGAACUCAUCGCCACGAAGGAAGUGACUCUAUGGGAAACUUGCAUUUACGCCAUUUCAGCUGUAGCCAUCAUAACAGGGAUCUUCCUGAUGAGAGAUCUAAAGUAUGUGGCCAGUGAUGGUCAUCAUCACUCGAUGAAGUUGGACCUGACGCUACUUAUUGUCGCCCAAACUGGUGUUUAUCUCUACGGGAUGUUCAGUAUGAUGGGCAGUUAUUUCUCCAAAUGGGACACAGUUCCCGAUCGUGUGGAGGGCAUCGUUGCCGAAAUAUGCAACCUCUUCCAAACGUCAUUGCAAACUAUGUUUAUCAUUCACACAGUUCAUCGACGAUGCAAGGGAUCGAAACAGCAGCGUCAGAAACCUGGUCGUGAAGUGAUCACUUAUUUGUUGGUGGCAAACAUGGCCAUUUGGUUUAUAAAUACUCUCAUCAAAGGACGAGCUAUGUUCCGGCAGACGCAUUUGGAUUUUUUCGGUGUUUGGGGCUGGACGAUAAUCACACAUGUCUCAAUGCCUUUGGCAAUCUUCUAUAGAUUCCAUUCGACGAUAUGUCUUUUUGAAGUAUGGAAAACAACGUACAAAGCCAAGUCCCAUUAAGUUUAUAAUUAUUUAUAUAAUAAGUUCGACUGUAAAUGUAUAAAAAUCAAUCCAUUAAUAAAUUACCUGUGUUAAUUAUGUAAAUUAAGCUAUACUA